UCUUUUAUUAUUUAGUAAACAACCAUGUAAAUUUCGAAAAAUUAAUUAAUAAAAGAGGACUAAUGAGUGCGCGUGACUAGAUCAUUAUAGUGCGCUCUAUGGAUGCCGAAGACAAGUAUCGUAUGGCAAUGAAAAGACAAGAGCCGAUAUACAUAUGAUCAAAUUUUUCGUUUACAUGCCGUAACACACGCCGCUAGCAUCCCUAGAAUAAACAUCUCUGACUAUGCAAAAUGAGCGUUCGCAUAUUUUUUAAUUAAUAUUUCAAUAAUUAUUACGAAAAUUGCAAAAUCGUGAAGGAUUUUUAUGUUCAACAUACUGCACUCUAUUCGCUCACAAGCAUUAUCAAGAGUGUUCUGGGACAUCCUGUAUUUGUAUUUUCUAUAUUAUAUCGAAUAACUUUCAUUAUAUAAUUGUUAAAAUGCAUACCGAGAUUUUAAGAUCAUCGAGCGAGAAUUCCAGGAUUACUUAGAAUAUAGAUCCUUUCAAAAUGGGUGAAUAUAAUUGAACUUAAAUGAUAGGGGGAAAGAGAAAGAAUUUUGCAUUUACUUUGAGAUAAAGAAAACCAUCGCAUUAAUGUUCCCUUUAACGUUUGCAAGUGAAUAUCUUCUUUCUGAUCGACUCUGGCGAUUAGCGGAAACGCUUCUUUCCGCGGAGUGAAAAAUAUAUAGUGUAAAUAAUCCCUUAUUCACACAAGUCUUUAUUAAAGCAAAAAAUUUUAAAAUAUUUCUCUAAUUUUUACAAUUUUUAUAAAUUGAAAUUUGUUAUGCCAGCUUAAUAGACGCAAUUCUACGCUCCUUUUGUUCCGCCUAGGAAAGAAUCGUUGUCGCUUACUGUACAUGUAUAACUAUAAUGAUGUGUGCAUAUUUAUGAAUACAUAUAUUUAAAAUAAGUAAAGUGAGUAAGAAAAGUGUGAAUUCCUACUGCGCAGAUUUAAUGCGCAAUUGUUUUUUAUAUAAGCAGUAUAUAAAGCAGUAUAUAAAUAGCGAUUGCUUCGUAUUAUGCACAUUGCAAAGUUGAAUAGAGUGUCAUUGAUAUCGUGUAAGUGAAUCCAAUAUAAUUAAUUAUAUAUUACUGUUGAUAACAUCCUAGACAAAAAGUAUCAUAAGUAAUGUGGUUGUUUAAGAAAAUGUGUACAAGUAAUGUACGACUUGAUGGAAAAACUGUUGUAAUAACAGGAGGAAGUGGUGGUAUUGGUAAGGAGACUGCCAGAGAUUUUUAUGGAAGAGGCGCUAGGGUAAUUCUGGCCUGUAGAAACAUGGAAAAGGCAAACGAAGCGGUUAAAGAUAUAAAGAAUAAUCCACCUUCCAGAAUUAAAAAAGAAGAGUAUCAAAACAGUGCGGGUGAACUUGCAAUUUAUUUUCUUAAUUUAUGUAGUUUGAAGAGCGUGAAAGAUUGUGCUAAAAAUUUACUGAUGAAAGAAGCAGCCAUUCACAUUCUUGUAAACAAUGCUGGAGUGGCUGCGAUUUUAUACGAAAAAACAGAGGACGGAAUUGAGACGACUUUGCAAACGAAUCAUCUUGGACAUUUUCUUUUGACGCUUCUACUGUUGCCAAAAAUGCAAGCGUCUUCCCCAGGUUGCAGAAUAGUCAAUGUAUCAUCAAUUAUUCAUAUUUUUAGAGACAUAGAUUUUGAUGAUAUUAAUCUAGAAAAAUCUUAUGGCCCACUCAAAAGUUACUUCCAAAGUAAACUGGCAAACAUUCUCUUUACAAGGGAACUCGCUCGUCGAUUGAAUAAAGCAAAUAUUCACGGAAUAAACGUAUAUUCUUUGCAUCCCGGCCUUAUACCAACGGAGAUAAGUCGAUCAGCUAAUAGUACGAUAUUUCCAGGUGGAAGUUAUGCUUAUAAUUUUUUUACAUGGCUAUUCUUUAAGACUGUUGAAGAAGGAGCACAAACAACGAUAUAUUGUUCAGUAGAUGAAAAAACAACCAAUGAGACUGGAUUGUAUUAUUCAGACUGCAGUGUCGCCAAUCCAUAUUGGAAAGCGAGAAAUGAUGAAUACGCUAAAAAUUUAUGGGAUGUAUCCUGCAAGCUUCUGAAUUUAGAGUUAGAAGAAGAUUUUACUACAUUUCUACAAAGUGUCUCACGUCAAAUACUAUAAAGAAAUAUUUUUUUUCUUUGAAAACUGUAUGUAUGUCUAUCAUAUUAUACUGCAUUAAUUGGAUAUUAUAUCAUCAAAAGUGAAAGACAAUAAAUUAUAUAUAAUCUUU